AUGGGCACGAAGAUGUGGCUUGAGCCCCCUCGAACCUGUCUGACUAAGCGCGUUUUGGGACGUCGUGAUGCUGGAGAGAAGGCUGCAGCAAAUGCGGCAUCGCAGCAAGAGCAGCAAGCACAGUCUGCGACAUCUCAGUCAUCACUGCUGCCAUUAGCGGCACAAGUACAGCCAGAUGUAUCGCAACAGAGCAAGAACAACAACGUAGACACAGUGGAGUCUGGCUCAAAAAGCACGCAGGGCUUCUCCAGUGCGCAGUCAUCAAUAUCAAAACCAACACCCACAACGAUGCCGGGCGUUCCGGCCAGUGCGCCUGACAUGAAUAUGUACACGGGGUUGCCCAUGCGGAAUUUGAAGGGCCGAUACAAACUACAAGACUUCACGAUCCUACGCACACUCGGCACAGGUUCAUUUGGCCGCGUGCAUCUCGUACAGUCCGUGCACAACCAACGGUUCUAUGCAAUCAAGGUGCUGCGCAAACAGCAUGUCGUCAAGAUGAAGCAAGUUGAGCAUGUGAAUAAUGAACAUUCCGUCCUGUCGAUGGUGCGGCAUCCGUUCCUUGUGAAUCUAUGGGGUACGUUCCAGGACCCGACAUUCUUGUACAUGGUGAUGGACUUUGUGCCCGGUGGCGAGCUGUUUAGUCUGUUACGGCAGAGCCGGCGAUUCCCAUCCCAAGUGGCGAAAUUCUACAUCUCGGAAGUGGCGCUUGCGAUCGACUUCCUGCACAAACACAACAUCAUCUACCGCGAUCUGAAGCCGGAAAACGUGCUGAUCGGUGCUGACGGACACCUGAAGCUCAUCGACUUUGGGUUUGCCAAAGUCACGGCCCAGUCCAACGGUAUGUGCUGGACGCUCUGUGGCACGCCUGACUACCUGGCGCCGGAGGUAAUCCGCGCUCGCGGAUACAAUGCCAGUGUGGACUGGUGGUCUGUGGGUGUGCUGCUUUUCGAGAUGAUGGCUGGCUACCCGCCGUUCUACACUGAAGACGGCAACCCCAUCAAGCUGUAUGAAAAGAUCCUCGCUGGCCAAGUGCACUACCCGUCGUUCUUCGAGCCUGGUGCGAAAGAUCUUCUUCAGUCGCUGCUCACGGCCGAUCUCUCGAAACGUUUUGGUAAUUUGCACCGCGGCAGCCGCGAUAUUUUCGCCCAUAUGUGGUUUGCUGAAAUCGAUUGGGAAUGUCUCUACCGAAAAGAAAUCCCCGCUCCCUACAUCCCUAAUAUCAAUAUGGAUGGCGACGCAAGCCAGUUCGAUAAGUAUCCUGAAAAUGAUCUGUCCGAGUACCAGCGACCCAAUGCUCCAGACGAGUUCCCUAACAUCUUCCCUGACUUUUAG